AUGGCAUCAAGAGCAGCCAACACUCGACGAGCAGCUAGUCGACCACGUAACGAUGAAAACGCAGCUCCCACUCAAGCUGGUCUUCGAACCAAAACAUCUCUAUCACACCUUGGCCCCGCUCAAAAGAUAGCUGUCGCUUCAACUUCUGGUACAGCCGGAGCUAUCAAAAAACCCGUCGCUGUCAAAGCCGGUGCUAAGAGAACUGCUCUAGGUGGUGUGGUCACCAAUGUGGUAAAAGAAGAACCACUCGAUGAUGCUAAGAAACCUCUCAAAGCAGUAGGCAAACCCAGUACCGAAGUUAGACAACCACUUGCAUCACGAACAAACAAUGUCCAACCAACAAGGCCUAUCGCCGCUAUCCCUCACCGAUCCAAACCCACCUCUUCCAAUGUUUACGCUUCCAUCGACUCAUCUCUUGCUAUCAAAAGCGAGGAUGAGUUCUCUGAGAUGGAUGUAGAUCUCACCCGUCGUAUGGAACCUUCAAUGCCCAUGCUUACCGUCGAUGAGGAAGCUUAUGAAGAUGACUCGGAAGAAGAAGAGAUGGAAGACGAAGAUGAUGAGGACUGGUUGAGGAUGUCAGAUGAAGACGCUUACAAGGCUCAAGAACAACUCGAGAUGAUCAAAUCAACUUUCAAGGAUGACGUUGAUUUGUUUGACACCACCAUGGUCGCCGAGUACGCCGACGAGAUCUUCGGUCACAUGGAAAUGUUAGAAGAAUCCGUCAUGCCCAAUCCUAGAUAUAUGGACUUCCAAACUGAAAUUGAGUGGACAAUGCGAACAACACUCAUUGAUUGGUUACUUCAAGUUCACUUACGAUACCACAUGCUUCCCGAAACUCUUUGGAUCGCCGUCAACUUGGUUGAUCGAUUCUUGUCCGUCCGAGUGGUCUCCUUGGUUAAACUACAGUUGGUCGGUGUAACAGCAAUGUUCAUAGCUGCCAAAUACGAAGAAAUCUUGGCUCCUUCAGUAGACGAGUUUGUCUACAUGACAGAAAACGGUUACACAAAAGAUGAAAUCCUCAAAGGAGAGAGAAUAAUCUUACAAACCCUUGAUUUCACAAUCUCCUCUUACUGUUCACCUUAUUCUUGGGUAAGAAAGAUCUCAAAGGCAGAUGAUUAUGAUAUCCAGACUAGAACUUUAUCAAAAUUCUUGAUGGAAGUCACAUUGUUAGAUCAUCGAUUCUUGAGAUGCAAACCUUCAAUGAUAGCCGCUAUUGGUAUGUACCUUGCCAGAAAGAUGCUAGGUGGUGAUUGGAACGAAGCAUUCGUAUUCUACUCCGGGUUCACUGAAUCUCAACUCAUCGCAGGAGCAUCACUGUUAUGUGAAAGACUUGUCGAACCCGACUUCGAGACCGUAUAUGUCUACAAGAAAUACGCCAACAAGAAAUUCUUGAGAGCGAGUACUUUCGCUAGGGAUUGGGCACAAAACAACGCUGCUUCAGCUUGGUAA